AUGAGGUUUAAUUUAUUAAGAAUAGUAAGAACGGUUCCUAAAGCUGUUGGCGCGCGAUGCUACUCGACGAAUAAUUUUAAGACCGUCACCCACUGUAUAUUUGAUAUGGACGGUUUGUUAUUAGACACCGAGCAAGUUUACAAAAAAAUGAUAACGCAACUUUGUGCGCAAUAUGGCCACACAUACACCGAUGAGCUCAUGAUGAAAAUCUUGGGUGGUACAGAGCAACGACUCUCUGAAAUCCUGUGCAUAGAACUGAACUUACCAGUGACUCCUACAGAAUUUAGAGAUCAAUUACUUGUCUUAGGGGAUAAGAUGCUGGCUGGUACACCCUUAUUAGAUGGUGCAGAAAAACUAAUAAGGCAUUUACAUAAAACAAAAGUACCAUUCGCGCUAGCCACGUCAUCAAGUGAACGAUCAGUGAAGACUAAAGUUGCUGCACAUAAGGAGCUCUUCCAACUUUUCCACCACAUGGUCAUGGGAAGUUCUGAUAAGGAGGUGAAAUUUGGGAAACCACAUCCUGAUAUAUUCCUUGUGGCAGCCAAUAGAUUCCCAGACAAACCUGAACCUUCAAAGUGUCUUGUGUUUGAAGAUUCCCCGCAUGGCGUCACAGCAGGAAUAAAAGCUGGCAUGCAAGUAGUUAUGGUACCGGACCCACACACAGACAAGAGACUGACUGAACACGCCACAGUAGUGUUACCAACUUUAGCAAAGUUCCAACCAGAGUGGUUUGGGUUACCAGCUUAUUAAUAUUAGAUUAGAUGAUUUACUAGUCAAAGGCAAUAUGUCCAAUGAGCAGAUUGUAGAACGAACAAUUGUUUUAAAUAAUUAGAAAGAUUAAAUAUUGUGAUUAUAUAAUAGUAGUGUUAAAUGGCUAUUGAACAGUCUAAAUGUGUGUUGUUACCAGUGUUUAAUUAUGUCUACGAAGUAAAGUAAAUCAAGUUUUCUGCUGAACAAAUAUGAAUAGUAUUCAUAUGGUAGACUGCAUGGUUCCUCUUUAGGCAGGUUACUUAGUGCUAGCUCUUGGAAUACAGGGUGAAAACGAACCAUUCUCACGAGUAGGGAAGGUUCACAAUUAUUAUUAUUACUGCCUGAACUCAUAUGUUGAUUACCCUUAUAAGCAAUUCCAGGGGUGCAACCUACCCAUAAAUUUGUUUAAGUUCACAUAUUACUCAUUUUGCAAUUUGCGCUAAGCGUGUUGAUUCCAAACACUGAUUAAUUGUAGAUUGUGUUACAUUACAAACAAGGUUAGUAAUGUCCUUUUUCAAUUUUUUUAAACAUUUUCAUAUAGUUAAUUACUAGAACAUAUGGAAUUGGGUUCCAUACACUCAGUAUUAAUGGCAAAAUCAAAUUAAUCCACAUAUCGACAAUACAUGACAUUGUCAUGUGCUGCUGAAAAGAAAAAGCAAAAUGGCCACAAGCUUAGCACAUCUGUGGCUAUUUAACAAAAAUAGUGUAAAUACAAUAAAUUUGAUACACAUCAUUAGAUGACACUAAAGUUAUUUUAUGAGUAAUAUUAGGUGUUUUAGUUUAUUUUCAUGUUAUAUUAUUGAAAUUAUAUUAUUCGGUUGCAUUUUGAAUGCUCAUAAUCCAGUUAAUACUUUUUCUAGAAUUUUUUAGUUAUGCCAAGGGUUGUUACUUCAGAGUAUUUGUGUUACAAUCAUAAAGACUAAUUCAUAAAAAAUCUUUGUAAUGACAGCUGUAUGUAUAGUUUUAUGAUAAUUGUACAUCAAUGUUUAAUAUUGUUUAAUUUUGCCAUUUCAGAUUUGUUUUAGUUUAAAUUUUAAGCAUAAUAAAAAUCUUUUCAUCAAUCUUUGUGUCUAUGUAUGUUACUUUAAUCAUUAUCUAAAAUAUUAUAAUCAUUGGUUGUAGUUCACAAUCCCUAAAUGAUAUCAACACUAUUUUCUACUUGGAAACAAAAGGAUGUACAGUGGUUGCCCUACACUUCAAUCUAGAUCAGGU